CCACAGAGCACGAUGCACACCGUCUACGCUCGGGUCAACAACGUCUCUGCGCUGCUCUCGUCCUGCACGAUGGCGCUGCUCGCCGCCAUCGCGCUCUCGUCGUUCCUCUUCACCGCGGACCCGAAGGGCUCGCUCGCCGUCGCCUCCGUGCAAGUGUUCACCGGAAACACACGGCGCUAUGCGACGAAAAAGCAGGAGCUCGCGUUCGUGAACUUUAACCUGACAGCCGACCUCUCCCCUCUAUUCAACUGGAACACGAAGCAGCUCUUCCUGUACGUGACGGCAGAGUACACGAACCGCCAGGGGGUCACCAAUGAAGUCGUCAUAUGGGACAGGAUUGUUCGCCGUAAAGAAGACGCCAAGAUCGAAACGGCGGGCCGCAAUAGAUAUACUUUCCGCGAGAUGAGCACGUCUUUCAGGGACACGCCGCCGGCGAAUUACUCUCUCAAGUACAACGUAAUGCCGUACGUCGGGGUGCUCACGUACGGCGAGGCGGCACGGACGCUCGACGCGGUGCCCUUCCCGGCGCAGCACGAGCUCUCGUAGAUAUUGUAUGUUGCCCUCGAAACGAUGUACGCCGCCGAGGCAGCAUGGCCUGCUGGACCACGCGGGUGGUCUUUUUCUUUCUUUCUUUUUCAUUUGCGCCGGCGCGCGUUGGAGAAUUGUUAGCGUCCAAGAAAAAUAUAACGGCCGUUCCCGCAACGCAUAUGGCCUGGCGUGUUCUGCUCAGC